UCAAAUGGAGUCAAGCUAGCCACAAGUUCUGACAGCUCAAUCGUCAUGAAACGCAAAUACAGCGAUGAGUUUCUCUCUCUUGGUUUCAUACAAACUUUGAGAAAUAACGAGGUGCGCCCACAAUGUGUUUUGUGCGGGGAAGUGCUUAGUAAUGAGUCUCUCAAAACAAACAAAUUAAAAACGACAGGUCCUGACCAAACAUCCACAGCAUGACAGUAAAACCCAGGGAGAUCUUUCAGAGCAGGGCUGAAUGCUUCAGGUAACAGUGCCUCGACAGUGGAAAAAGGCAGGGACUGGGAGACUAGUCAGGAUCGAGGCAAAGAUGAACAGAGCAAGUACGGAGAGAUCCUUGAUGAAAACCUGCUCCAGAGGUCAAGGGGUAUGAAUACUUUCUGAAUGCACUAUAAAUAGCCAAGAGGGGGAGUGAAGCAGAGAAGGAAAUGAGAGAUUAAAAGGGAGUAAGAAAACCUCUAGCUGUUCUAUGCAAACGUUCGUUACCCACCACUAAGCCACAAUGAGACAGUUUUCAGAGAGGAUGUCUGAAGCGAUCGUCCCAGAAUCCUCAGGGCUGAGGUCAUGUAAUGAGUUAUGCCCCUCCGCUCUGCCAUCCUCACCCCCCCUUGCCACAGAGGAUGAGUGUCACCAUGACAACAGAAAGGUGGAGCAGCAGAAACCUGUCAGUAACCAGGGGCAACCAGCCAGGAAGAGAACCAAGGCCAAAGGCAGGUUGGUGAGGAGCAUGGCUGUGUGUGAGGAGUCAUUCCCACCAUCCCCUCCUGACACCACCCAAGACAGCCAGAGCUCUGUUGAAGUCACCAUGCUGCCAGGUUGCCAUGACAACGAGGAGGAAGAGCAGAGCAAAGAGCCAAAUGUGCCCACGCUAAUUAUCUCAGACACCAGUCAGGAAUACACAGACUCUACUGGGAUUGACCUGCACCAGUUUAUCAUCACCACCCUGAACAGCAAUCCCAGGGACAGGAUGAUGCUGUUGAAACUGGAGCAGGACAUGAUCGACUUCAUCACAGACAACGGUCCUUAUAAGAAAUUCCCUCACAUGUCUUCCUACCAUCGUAUGUUGGUCCACCGGGUAGCAGCCUACUUUGGCAUGGAACACAAUGUGGACCAGACUGGCAAAUCUGUCAUCAUCAAUAGCACCAGUAACACACGCAUACCAGAGCAGAGGUUUAUGGACUAUGUCCAGGAGGAGAGAGGAGAGGAGACUCAGUGGAGAACCAUACUGAAGAGAGACAACGCAGAAGACAACCAGGCGAGGCUCCACCCACUACGCGAGGAGAGGCGGAGCAAAUCAAUGGAAGAGAGAGAGGAGGAGUACCAGAGAGCUAGAGAAAGGAUAUUCAACCAGGAGCCUGCCUGUCCCCAGGAGACCAGGUCUAUAGAGGAUGGUAGCCCCCAUGCUGCGACCCAGAGAAGGCAGCUCUUUAGGGGUACCAGGGGUAACUCGGGCUCAAGCCGACAGAGCAGCACGGAGACUGACUAUAGUCGCUAUAGUAACUGGAGCAGCACUGACUCAGGUCGCUAUAGCAACGACCCCCGACCCUGGAGCAGCACAGACUCAGACUCUGCCUAUCAGAGGCCAAACCCCGCCCCCAAGGCCCGACCAGCCAAUCACAGCUGGGACGCACGAGAUGACCAUGCCCCCACCACAGGCUCCAACUACCUCACGGUGCCCAUGGAGAACGGGAUUCCACCAGGAAGUAUAUUACUGAACCCACAUACAGGCCAGCCCUUCUUGAACCCGGACGGAAGUCCUGCCAUCUACAACCCCCCCGACCCCCAGCAGCCAACAAGAAGCCAGCCUCAGCAGCAGGCCCCUCUGCCGCAGCAGCCAAUGGCUGGCCACACAGUCCCUCAGGUGGUUCAAUAUUCGUCCGUCUCUUAUCCUCCCCAGCAGUUGCAAUACUCUACGAGCGAGGACCUGUCGUCUCAGUUUGGUCACGUUACUGUGAGCUGUCAGCCAUUGGGGGAAGCUCCGUCUCUAUACCCUCCCUUAGCCUCUCCCACACAGAGUUACGUCUAUACCGCCCCUCCCCCUCCUCACAACCCCCCCAGCUACUGCCAACCCCCUCCAACUCAGGUGCCUGUGUAUUACUACUCUACUACUCAGUAUCCUACCUCAGCACCCCAAAGACCUGCCACACCUACCCAGGCCAUACAGCCUACAGGUUACUCUCCUGUCGUAGCCAGUCAGCAGCAGACCUACCAGGGGAUGAUGAGUUUGCAGCUGCCUCAGAGCCAAGCCCAAAGAUUGCUGGGUUCUUAUCCACCUGGCUCCUCCCACCCAUGCGGUGUAACACAGGGUGGUGUGGGGGUAUCGUACCCCCAGACUGGUCUCAUGUCGCGGGGUGAGGGGGGUUACUGCUGCAUGGUAUCUCCAACCUGUCCCCCUGGUCCCAUACCCCCUCCCCCUCUACACACCGGCUGCCAUGCCUCCAGCUGUAGCAACAUCAGCAGCCAGGGGUGGGCAGGAAAAUACUAACACGCCCCCACCCAACCUAAACUUACAUAACCCCCACCCAACCUAAAUUUACAUAACCCCCACACAACCUAAUCUUACAUAACCCCCACCCAACCUAAACGUACAUAACCCCCACACAACCUAAUCUUACAUAACCCCCACACAACCUAAUCUUACAUAACCCCCACACAACCUAAUCUUACAUAACCCCCACACAACCUAAUCUUACAUAACCCCCACACAACCUAAUCUUACAUAACCCCCACACAACCUAAUCUUACAUAACCCCCACCCAACCUAAACGUACAUAACCCCCACACAACCUAAUCUUACAUAACCCCCACACAACCUAAUCUUACAUAACCCCCACACAACCUAAUCUUACAUAACCCCCACCCAACCUAAACGUACAUAACCCCCACACAACCUAAUCUUACAUAACCCCCACCCAACCUAAUCUUACAUAACCCCCACCCAACCUAAUCUUACAUAACCCACACCAAACCUAAUCUUACAUAACCCCCACACAACCUAAACUUACAUAACCCCCACCCAACCUAAUCUUACAUAACCCCCACCCAACCUAAUCUUACAUAACCCCCACCCAACCUAAUCUUACAUAACACCCACACAACCUAAUCUUACAUAACCCCCACCCAACCUAAUCUUACAUAACCCCCACACAACCUAAUCUUACAUAACCCCCACACAACCUAAUCUUACAUAACCCCACACAACCUAAAUUUACAUAACCCCCACCCAACCUAAUCUUACAUAACCCCCACACAACCUAAUUUUACAUAACCCCCACACAACCUAAUCUUACAUAACCCCCACACAACCUAAUCUUACAUAACCCCCACACAACCUAAUCUUACAUAACCCCCACCCAACCUAAUCUUACAUAACCCCCACCCAACCUAAUCUUACAUAACCCCCACCCAACCUAAUCUUACAUAACCCCCACCCAACCUAAUCUUACAUAACCCCCACCCAACCUAAUCUUACAUAACCCCCACACAUACUUGACCUCCUUUCCCCCCCACCUCUACUUGCACAACCCCACCGGACUGUGUUGAUUGAGAUGCAACCAGUGUUCAAGCUGUUACACACACACAGUAUACCACAGGCAAUGUAUUGUGCCAAAGCUGUAUCAGAGGUACUGUACUGAUUUAAAAGCAUAUACUCCAGUUGAGUUUUGUAUGGAUAUGAAAUGAUUAUAUAUAUGUAUUGUAGCGUUUGAGCAGAAUAAACUGAUGUGGCUGCUUUGACAGGUCACCUUUCUAA